AUGCUCAAGUGGGGCCUCUCCCUCCGGCACGGCUGGGACUGCCAGGUCCACGAGGCCUGCGCCUUCAAGUGGCUCCAGAAGGCCGCUGAGUCCGUCAUUGAAGACCUCAACCAGUCCCGCCAUCUUAACAACAACAACAACCCCUCCGGGAUCCCCGCCUCCCCCUUGAUAAACAGAAAGACGACAUCGCCAAUUCCAAGCUCGUCCUUGCUAUCUACAAGCUCGGCCAAUGCUUCCUGCGCGGCUGAGGGAACAAGAAGGAUAAACAGCUCGUCUGUGAUCAAUUACUUUGAGUUGGCGGCGAAGCUGGGCGACCCGGAUGCCCAACAAGAGCUGGGGCUCUGCAACGCCAACGGCAAGGGCACCAAGAAGGAUCUCAAGCUGGCAGCCAAGUAUUACCCAAUGGCGGCCAACCAGGGUGUGGAGAUGAUGGGCUCGCAGUGGGUCUGGAAAGACAAGGUCUGUCCCUAUUCAACCUGA